UCUGGUCUCCCGGGCAACAGCCCCUCCCUCCCGCGCCCCUUCUGUCUCCUCACAGGAAAUAGGCCCCUGCUCGCCCACCGCCCGGGAUCCGCCAGCAACGAGCCCACGAGUUUCAGUGCCCAUUUGGACAUCCACAAUCAGAGAUGGCAGCAGAGGUGGCAUCCUGGAAAGCUACAGAGCCUUGGUCUUUUCAUCCAGUAUAUGCAAGAUACUGGCGACAUUAUCAUCAGGCGAUGGCCUGGAUGCGAAGCCACCACAGUGCCUACAGGAAGGCCGUGGAAUCGUAUUUCAGUUGCCCGUGGUCCUUCCCUCCUGCAGCUCUUCCUCAGAGCUCUUACACUAACAUGGCCAAAUCUCCUCGGCCCUCUCGUGACCAUCUCCCGGCUUCCACGGACUCGCACUGCGGUUCUGCACAUUCCAGAAGGUCUGGGCAGCAUCCACCAGCCCGCCCAAGAGAACGGCGAGCUUGGCCCACCCCAGAGGAGGCGGAGUCCGAGUCAGAUGGGGGCGUGGAGUGCGACCUGAGCAACAUGGAGAUCACGGAGGAGCUGCGCCAGUACUUCGCCGAGACCGAGAGGCACAGGGAAGAGCGCCGGCGGCAGCAGCAGCUGGACGCGCAGCGCCUGGAUGACUACGUGAACGCCGACCACGACCUGUACUACAGCACCCGCCGCUCGGUGGAGCCCCCGUCCGAGAGGCCUGGUGAGCGGCGCAAGGCCGAGAUGAAGCGCUUGUAUGGGGACAGUGCCGCAAAGAUCCAGGCCAUGGAGGCCGCCGUGCAGCUGAGCUUCGACAAGCACUGUGACAGGAAGCGGCCCAAGUACUGGCCGGUCAUUCCGCUCAAGUUCUGAGCCCGCGGUGCAGGGUACCCAGCCAUCACCCCCUUCCUCUCGGAUUCACUCAAUCUCUCCUUCUGUGCAUUUUCUCAGGGAAAUUUCUCUUAUACUGAGAAACAAGCAUGUCACCAAAGUCCCAGGGGGCCCAUCUCAGGGCUGGGUAUAAUACGUUGGCCACUUGAAGUCAGCAAGACAUGUACUGUUGCCAACAUGAAAGAUUUUCUUUUGACCUAAAAUGAUAAUUUCAUAUAUAUUAUGCUCGGUUUUGAUGUCACUAAGAAUGUUCAGUUCAUUAAAGUCCUCACUUA